AAUUUUGAAAGAAAAUCUUGUUUUAUUUUCGAAUCUGAACACAUCUGUACUGUAUAUCCUAUUCAUGAAGUAAAAUUUAACUAUAAAAGACAUUAGAAUAAAGUGUAUUCUGAAUAAUGUUAAAAUCUAAUGCAGCGCCAUCUGUGAAAUUUUAUCAGAAAAUAUGUAGAUUUUUAGUAGAUUUCUGAACGGUGUUGGUAGAUUUUUAGUAGAUUUCUGCGGCAAGUUUAGUAGAUUCACUAUAUUUCAACCUGGUCACGCUGGUUCUCAUGUACACUUUAGUGGUAAAAUUUUUCAAUGCAAGUCUCUACGAUGAGUGGAUCCUGAGAUAUAGCCGCUUACCUCGCUUAUUUGCCCAUCCUGUACGUACAAGUACAAGACCAUCAAGUCAUAAAAACUAACAAUUACAUUAUUUAAAUAUAUUGACUUCUAUGGUUGACAUUGAUGAAAACACGUGUUCUGUCCCAGACUAACAUUCUGGUUUCCAGUGUACCUCGUGUGUUUUGACAUUUGUAGUCAAGUAAGUUGAGUUAGAAUUGAAUUGAGAGUUUAUUAGCAUUUUAAAAAUGGAGUCAAAUAGUGAAUUAUACUCGAAAGUUGAUCUUGGUUAUUCCGAACCCUGUGAAAGCUGGAAGUUGUCCAGCAAGUUUUUUCCUAGUAAAAUUGGAGGAAAACCUGCUUGGCUGGAUUUAGAUGGUGUUCCUUCAGGAGAAGAUUUAUCCUGUACAAAAUGUGGAGAUCCUAUGACAUUUCUUUGCCAAAUAUAUGCGCCUUAUGAAGAAGACGAUCAUAAUUUCCACAGAACUCUUUUUAUUUUUGUAUGUCGAAAACCGGAGUGCCAUGAGAGGAACAAAUCUCAAAGUUUUCGAUUAAUAAGGUCGAAUUUGAAAAGGAAAAACAAAUUUUAUUCCUAUGAAGCUCCUGAAGAAGUUGAGGGUGAACACUCAUUGAAGACCUGGUUGAGCCUUUGUGAAGUUUGCGGCUGUGUUGGCACUAAAAAGUGUAGCAAGUGCCAUUUGGUUAAUUAUUGCAGUCGACAGCAUCAAAUCAUCGACUGGAAAGAAAACCACAAGAGUCUUUGUGGACAAGGCUCAAUCAGAUCUAAAAAAUAUUCGGCAAUUCUGUUUCCGGAAUCCAAAAUUAAUAUAGAUUUUGAGAUAUUGGAUUCUGAAGAAACAAAUGAAGAAGAAGAGAAGCAAAAAUAUAUUGAUCUCGUUAAUGCAGGCAAAUCUGGAGAAGAUGUUGAUGAAGAGGAACUCGCCCAGUAUAUAACUGAGGAUCCAGACAAAACCUUCACGAAAUUCCGAGAAGAAAUUGAUGGAUAUCCUGACCAAAUUUUACGAUAUGAAAGAGGUGGUGAGCCACUUUAUAUAUCUAAUGAAGAGGUACCAAAGGACAUUCCCAAUUGUGAGCAUUGCGGAGGCCCCAGGCAAUUUGAGUUCCAGAUUAUGCCUCAGAUGAUUAGUAUAAUCAAUGAGGCAAAUUUGGACUGGGGUAUUCUUCUAUGCUUCACAUGUAUAGCCAGUUGCGAUGGUGGGAGGUCAUAUAAAAAUGAAUAUAUAUAUAAACAAGAUGUUUCUUUAGUUGAUUUGAAAUGAUAACUAUAUAAAUAUAUUUAUAUAAUUAUCAUUUCAUAUGAACAGAAGAUACAUCUUGUUUUAAUAUAAAUUCUAAUGUUCCGUCCAAGAUUUCCCAUCUCUUGAUCAUUUGUAAGUAUUCAAUAUUUUGAAUGUUGAAUUAACCAUCAUUCGAUCAGUUUUUGUUUCAUUAACCGGAUUAAAGCAAAAGUAUAUUGAUCUCGUUAAUGCAGGCAAAUCUGGAACAAUAGGAGAUGUUGAUGAAGGGGAACUCGCCCAGUAUAUAACUGAGGAUCCAGACAAAACCUUCACGAAAUUCCGAGAAGAAAUUGAUGGAUAUCCUGACCAAAUUUUACGAUAUGAAAGAGGUGGUAAGCCACUUUAUAUAUCUAAUGAAGAGGUACCAAAGGACAUUCCCAAUUAUGAGCAUUGGGGUGGCCCAGGCAAUUUGAGUUCCAGAAAUCAAUGAGUCAGUUUUGGGCAAGGGUAUUCUUCAAUGCUUCACAGGUAUAGCCAGUUGCGAUGGUGGGAGGCCAUAUAAAAAUUAAUAUAUAUAUAUAUAUAAACAAGAUGUUUCUUUAGUUGUAGUCUGUUCAAAUUGUGGACAUCCUAUGAAAAAGACAAUCACAAUUUCCACAGAACUCUUUUUAUUUUUGUAUGUCGAAAAUCGGAGUGCCAUGAGAGGAACAAAUCUCAAGGUUUUCGAUUAAUAAGGUCGAAUUUGAAAAGAAAAAACAAAUUUUAUUCCUAUGAAGCUCCUGAAGAAGUUGAAGGCGAACACUCAUUGAAGACCUGGUUGAGCCUUUGUGAAGUUUGCGGCUGUGUUGCCACUAAAAAGUGUAGCAAAGAAAACCACAAGCUUUGUGGACAAGGCUCAAUCAUGUCUAAUAAAACUUAUAUAGAGAAACAAAAGUACCUGUAUCUAGUAAAAGCAGGCAUAUCUGGAACAAUGGGAGAGGACAGAUGAAGAUUCAGAUAAUACAUUCACCAAAUUCUGUGAAAAAAUUAACGGCUAUCCUGAACAAAUUUUACGGUAUGAAAGAGGUGGUGUGCCACACUCUACAUUUCUGAUGAAGAGAUACCUAAGGACAUGGCAUGAGCAUUGCAGUGGCCCUGGGGUGUUCUUUUAUGCUCUACAUGCAUAGAAAGAUGAGGUGAUUGAGCGGACUAUAAAAAUGAAUUUGUAUUAAAACAAAAUAUUUCUUUAGUUGAUCCAAAAUGAUAAUUAUACAUAUAUAUAUUAUAAAAAAUUUUAAAUCUUAAUGUACAAAUUUAGUCGAUUCUCUCUUAUUAAGUCAUAGCUCUUGCUCCAUUCCAUAUUUGUUUCAGUUAGAAUAUUACAUGCAUGUUCUAAUCUUCCUCGUUUUAUCCUCUUCUAUAUUUUGGCUUCCUAUAUUUGCUUAUCAGGUGUUUCGAUGUUUUGUAAUUUCAAGAUUCAAGACGGAAUUUUGUUGAUUCAUUAACAUUUGGUUAAAAGAACUUGUUAAUUCAUAAUUUUUUUUAAUGCUUUCAUUCUCAGUAGAUAUAAUAAACCAAUUAAAACAACAGUUGUAUAUAUAAUGUAUAUAAUCUGAAAUCUUGAAGUAUAAUUUUGGCGUUUGAUCUUGUUUUAUUCAUAAUUAUUCUUUAAAAAAUUAUGUAAAUAUGUAUAUAUAUUUUGAUGAACUGGUUGAAAUAAAUGCAAUAUUUUAUUUUAA